CCACUAUUAUCACUUACACCUCCACAGGAAGCACCGUUCGUUUAUUCUUAUGUUUAUCCCUGAUGUCACGUGAAUUUUCUGACCUAUCAGGUACAUUUUCCCACGCAUGUAUCACAUGCUCGUUUCGCCGAUAAUCACAUUGUCGACGCUAAUAGAAACACGAGUUCUGCUUCGCUGUUCUGACUGUGCUUGUCUAUGUCUGUUAACUAAUUUCCUGGCCAGAUGAGAGUUCUGUGUCCCAAAUGUCGAAAGGCGAUAUCAGUGAAAGAAAUGUACAUUAUUGAGUGUGGACAUGUAUUUCAUUAUGAUUGCUUGAUAAAAUCGGUAGAGAGAUGGGUGAAAGCUACUUGUCCACUCUGUCACAAAAGUAAGAUAAUCACCUAUAUGCAAAGACUUUAUCCCACAUUCGACACAAACGAUGAACAAAACGUGUCCAAUGUCUACGACUAUAUGUCCGACGAUGAGUUCUACGAUGAUUUUAUCGGCAAAUACGCCAAGUUUACGUUAUCCGAUUUCAAAAGAGAGAUCACCUUUUUUCAUUAUCAUAUAUUAAAAUCUCAGAAGUCUGUUAAUUAUUAUCGCACGUUAAUACCACAAUUAAGACAGGGAAAUAUUAACCUUAAGCGAAAAAAACAAUGUAUGGGUAGUGAAUUGAAAAAGCAAACUCUUAUAAUUUCUCAUUUAGAGAAAAGUGCGAAAUUCGUAGCGAAGAUUUGUUAUGAACAUGAUGCUCUAAAGAAAAUACUGUCUGAAAAAGAUGAAGAACUCCAUAAACUCGAACAGGAAAACAAAAAAUAUCAUAAAAUUCUCAUGUCAGAACAUACAUUUCUACAAGAUCACUUGCGUGAAUUUGAAACACUCUUACCACUAGAAGACAUGAGUCCUGUUACGAGUCCUCCUCCUCGUACACCUCAAGAAAAUCGUCUAUCGGACAUGUACAAGAAGAUACUUUUGACGUCCUCUACGAUGUGUUUUAUGAUUAUGAUAGGAUAUCGAAUCUGGAGACGAGAAUUUAAAGUAAAUCUCUUUUCGACUGAUGACCUUAGAAUACUUAGAAUAAUAACUGGUAUUUUAUUCAUUCAAUGCAAGUUCCUAACCAUGCAGUACCAUGGCAGUAUAAAUACUAUAUGAAGAGGACAUAUAAAAGAUGACAACGGAAGAUCCGAUAUAAAAAGCUGACACGGCAAUGCCUUAAAAUGAGCAAAUAAUUUUAUUUCGAGAUAUUUGAUCGUGUCUGGACUUUUGGGAUUUUUGCAUAUAUUGCUAGCUUUAAUGCUAUAUUAAUUGUUUAGUUCAUGGAAAGUUUCCUCCGUGAAGAGCCAUACAUUGCGCUUCUAUCAACUGUAUCAUUAACAGAUGCCGUAACGUUGAAUUUACGAGUCACAAGCAUUAGUGACUACGUGAGCUGCUUUAAUAGUCUCAAGUCACAGCUAUGAUACAUCUGAUAACGUAGUUUCUAAUGAUGAUAGUCAUGUUUCUCGUAAGUUACUGUAGUCUUACCGUUAUUAACAAUAAUUGAUUGAAUUAGACAAAGAAACUUAAAAAUGUUAAACUAUUUUCAGGUAAAUGUUAGGCAGCAAUAACGAAAUUGCACAAGCAAUUGGAAAACCGUCGGAUUCAGCAAGCACAAGGCACAAGAAAAAGGUGGAGCUAGAAUUAAAGUUGUUGAAUGGAAUUGACAAGUCUCGGAAAUAAUAUGAAGAUAAAAUUAAAGCGCUGUUCUUCAUGAAAAUUUUAUGGGCUGCUGAUCCAACCUUCCGCUACAUAUAAUACCAUUGAUUUAAUAGUUAACAAGUCUGAUGUACAUAUUGUAACGUAACACAUCUCGAUAUAUUGGACAAGUAAUUUUCAACAUCUCCUACUUAUUAAUUUAUGCGACUAGAUUACUUUUUCGACAGGAAAUGAGAUGAUUCCUGUGCGACGAGAUAUAAAAAAUCGCUAAGUGCGUUCCGUGUUUGAGGAAAAGGUUUUAUUUUUGUAACAAUAAUAAUUGAUAAUAAUGUAAGAAAAAAAGCUUAUAAUUAUUAUAAUAAUUAUUAUA